GAGGGGCGGGCGGCGGGAGUAUGGGUGAUGGCGCCGGGCGCGGGCCGGGGGCUGCGGAUGCUGUUCCAGGGCCGCGCGCUGCUCGUCACCAAUACGCUGAGCUGCGGCGCGCUCAUGGCGGCCGGGGACGGCGCGCGCCAAGCCUGGGAGAUGCGCGCCCGGCCGGGCCAGGCGUUCGACCCGCGGCGCUCGGCCUGCAUGCUCGCCGUGGGCUGCACCAUGGGCCCGGGCCUGCACUUCUGGUACCUGUGGCUGGACCGCCUGCUCCCCGCGGCGGGGCCCCGCGGCCUGCGCCCCGCGCUCGGCAAGGUGCUGGUGGACCAAGUGGUCGCGUCACCCGUGCUGGGCGUCUGGUACUUCCUGGGCCUCGGCUCCCUGGAGGGCCAGACCCUGAGUGAGAGCUGCGCGGAGCUGCGGGCCAAGUUCUGGGAAUUCUACAAGGCAGACUGGUGUGUGUGGCCGGCCGCGCAGCUGGUGAACUUCCUCUUCGUGCCCGCCCAGUUCCGGGUCACCUACAUCAACGGGCUGACGCUGGGCUGGGACACCUACCUGUCCUACCUCAAGUACCGGACACCGGGCCCCUGAUGUCCCCAGGCGGCAUGGCCGUGGACUCCCGAGUGGACUGAGCUGGACCAGACACGGGACAGGGCGAGCCAGCAGCGGGGCAGCCCCUCCACCAGAGGGCGCUCCGCCCACCGCACCACCGGGGUCCCGGGCGCCGGCCCUGCCCCAGCCUGGUCCGGUGUCCCCCUGAGAAACCCGACCUGCAUGGUGGACAACCGCCCUCCCCACCCAGCGGCCGGCUCGAGGCCCCUCGUCCUGAGAGAGGCAGGGACACGACCCCUCCCCCGGGCGCUCGCGGACGCAGCGUGGUCCAUUCGCUUUAUUGGGCUGUGUGUAGUGUGGCCUUAACAUGUCCUAGGUGACAUCAGAACGGGGGCUGGGGGGG